CCCCCCCCUUACUAAAAGUCCUCUACCCAAGUUUCCCACCAUUGUCAGGUUCCCUUAACCAGCCACGUCGAAUCUUCCUCCCUAAAAGCUUCAAAUCCUGCAUAUACUAGAGCUUUGUGAGCUCUCAUAAUCAUCCACCAUGGCUAACGACGAAUAUGAUUUUCUCUUCAAAGUUGUUCUUAUUGGAGACUCUGGCGUUGGAAAGUCCAACCUUUUGAGUCGAUUUACCCGCAACGAGUUCAACCUGGACUCCAAGUCCACCAUUGGCGUGGAGUUCGCAACCCGCUCCAUUCAGGUUGAUUCGAAGACAAUCAAGGCUCAAAUUUGGGAUACUGCUGGUCAGGAGCGUUACCGCGCUAUCACAUCCGCCUACUAUCGGGGUGCCGUCGGUGCUCUUCUUGUCUACGAUAUUAGCAAGCACCAGACUUACGACAAUGUCAACCGGUGGUUGAAGGAGCUCCGCGAUCAUGCCGAUUCCAACAUUGUUAUCAUGCUAGUCGGAAACAAGAGCGAUUUGAGACAUUUACGAGCUGUGCCAACAGAGGAGGCCAAGCAGUUUGCAAGCGAGAACAACUUGUCUUUCAUUGAGACCUCAGCUCUGGAUGCUAGCAACGUUGAGCUGGCUUUCCAGAACAUCCUCACAGAGAUCUACCGCAUUGUCUCCAGUAAGGCGCCGCUCGAGGGCGAACCCGGCCAGGCUGCGCUUGGCGACCGCCGCCAAGUGCUUGAAAUCACCAAGACACAGGAGACCGAGAGUAACAAGGGAUGUUGUUAAACUACAUAGACAGUGUUCCGGUUUGGGGCACGGCAUGCGAACCGCAACGAGUCUUAUAUUGUGAUAUGAUAAUUGAAUGGUCGUGACGUUUCUUUUUGUCGGUUAAUUGGCCUCUGCGGAGAUGAUACACAACAGGGGUAUUGUUGGGAACGGCAUACAAGGAUAUGGACAUUGUAUGGCGAUGUUUUGCUGGACGUUACAUUAUCCUAAACACAUUAUUUUGUCACCUUUCUUUUCAUUUCCCUCCCUCCGCUCCCUUUUUUCCCUUUUUUUUUUUCUUCUUCUUC